GCAGUUAUAAAGAGGCUGACAGAGCACGGAGUGGAGGGGAAUUACAAGGUGCAGGAAAACAGCAGCACUGCUUGGCUCAGCACGACCUGCUCUGCACCAUGGGGAAGGACAAGCUGCCCAGCAAACCGAACAUCUUCCUCCUUCUUCUCUUCUUCCUUCCUGGAAAUACUCCUCUCAACACAGAACCGCAGUACAUGGUGCUGGUGCCCUUUCUGAUACACACAGAUUCUCAUGAGAAAAUCUGCGUUCAGCUGACCCACCUGAACGAGUCUGUGACGCUGAGUGCCACACUUGAGCACCUAGGGGAGAACAGGAGCUUGAUUGAUGAUGUGGUGUCAGAGAAAGACGUGUUCACCUGCAUCCCUUUCUCUCUUCCAAAAUCCAAUAGCACAUCAGUGGCAUUUCUCACGGUGACGGUGACAGGGGACACACUGCAGUUCAAGAGCCGCAAGUCAGUGCUGGUCAAGAAUUCUGAGAGCUUGGUCUUCGUCCAGACAGACAAACCCAUCUACAAGCCUGGACAGACAGUUCAGUUUCGGAUCGUCUCCCUGGACAAAGACUUCUACCCGCUGAAUGAGAAGUUUCCCUUUGUCUACGUUCAGGUGAGUGGAUAACUACGUUAUUAUUUGCAGAAGAAUGUGCAGGCACAAAGCUACCAGUCUCCAGCAGUGGUGUUUUCAGGCUGAGGGGCAAGGGAAAAAUCACAGGCAUGUGACCUUUUCUCUUUGGCUGAAGGAAGGCUGAGUAGCUGGGCAACAAAACAAGUUUCAAUAAUGGUUCUUUGAUCACAGAAUGAGUUGUAGGAGAAAACUAAUUAACCAUUACAAGCCAUGCUGUGAACAGAACUACACUUGGCUAGAGGUCAUCAAAGUGGCUUAUUCCUCUUCCCAGUCAGAACUAAGUGUUUCUCUUGCCACGUGUGGUUGAAAUUAGAGACCAGUGUUAAAUAAGCUGCCAAAA